AUGGGGUCAUCUGCGCAAGAAUGUGGAUGUAAAGGAGCCCGAUUUUGUGCCCUUUGUGAGACUACAGAGAGAGUCAAAAAGUUGCGUGUUGAAGAAGACAAGCAUACCCACUACAAGGUUUUCAUUUAUGAUCCUAUUCGACAACUCGCUAUCCCAACUUGCAACUUAAACUCCAAAUCAUCCCUUCUAGAAAUUAUCGACGAAACUUCUGCCUGUCAAUCUGUGACUUCUGAUGAUGCGAUCGAAAUUGACGGGCUCACUCUCAUUCACGAUUUUCUAACAGAAAGAGAAGAAUCCAGUAUUCUCGAGAUGAUAGAUAAUGUAGAAUGGGUACAAUCGCAGAGUGGCCGAAGAAAGCAAGACUACGGACCGAAAGUGAAUUUCAAGCACAAGAAAGUGAAGACAGACUCGUUCAUCGGAAUGCCUGAGUACGCUGAUAUGCUGUUGAACAAAAUGAGCGAUUAUGAUCUGAAAAAGUUAGGAAACUAUCAGCCAUUUGAAAUGUGCAAUUUGGAGUACGAAGAAGUGAAAAAGAGUGCGAUUGAAAUGCAUCAAGAUGAUAUGUGGAUUUGGGGAAAUCGACUAAUAAGCAUAAACCUCAUCAGUGGUUCCGUCAUGACUUUGUCGAAUGACUCGAAAAGCUUCCUCUGCUACGUCCACAUGCCCCAUCGUUCUCUAAUUUGUAUGGCGGAUGAGUGCAGGUACGAUUGGAAACACGGAGUUCUUGCACAUCAUAUUCGUGGUCGAAGAAUAGCACUGACAAUGCGGGAAGCUGCCAAAGACUUCAAAGAAGGAGGCGAGUUAUACGAGAAGUACGGUGCUGAACUCAUUCGCCUUGGAAAUAUUCGAGUGCCACUCUCAAAAACUUCCGCGUGA